AUGUCUAUUAAUGGAGAUAAUAUUAUUAUAACACCAAAUAAUGCUCAAAAUUCAGAUGAUCCCAUAAAUAAAGAAGAUGAUAUAUUAGGAUUAGAUAAACAAAUCAAAUUAAAACCAAGAAAGAAAGUUGCUAAAUUAGAUAAUGAUAGAAUUUUCAGCCAGAAUGGCCUACCGUACAUCAUCAAAAAUCAUUCAAAAUUAAUAAGAACAAUUCAAAAGAAUGAUAAAUCAUUCAAGAAAGAACAACAGAGGUAUCCUAACAAAUUUACAAAACAACAUAAACUCGAUCAUGAAUAUAAUAACUUAGUUUCCAUUUUACAAUUUUAUCAAUUAUGGUGUCAUGGAUUAUUCCCUCAAGCUGCUUUUAAAGAUUGUAUACAUUUAAUAAGAAUUUUAGGUUCAAAAUCUCCACAAUUAAGACAAUACAGACAUCAAUUAAUCGAACAAGAAUUAUAUAAAAUUAAAGUUUCAAAAGGUAUAAUUGAUGAAAAUGCAAAUGUCAAUGAAAAUAAUGAUAUAUUUGACGAAGAUCCCUAUGAAGCUACAACAAAUGCUACAACUCAAUACACAACACAAGUUGAUGAUGAUGACUGGAGUUGGAUGAACGCUGAGCCUAUAACUGCUGAAUCCGUAGCAAAUUGGCAAAAUGAAAAACAAGAACUGAAUGAAUCAAGAGAAUCAAGUAAUGGAUUAUUUGUACAAGAAAAUGAUGAUACAGAAACCAACAAUAACAACGAAGAUGAUGAUGACCCAUUUGAUGAGAAUGAUUUUAUUCCUUACGUACCACCCCCUAAAGAUAAUCUUGAAAAGAACGAACAAGAUGAUUUAGAAAUGGAAUUAAUGAGAGAAUAUAGUUAA